AUGCCCCGUCGCUUACUCCGCAACUCCAAAGCAUGUGACUUCUGCCACAAGCGCCGCAUCAAAUGCCAGGAGAACCCCCUGGACCCAAGCCGAUGCCAGAAUUGUACGGACUUUGAUGUCCGAUGCACAUACUCGCGGCCGUCCAAACGGGGGACUGGCUCUCUGCACGAUGCGGCCCGGCCCGUGCAGCGGCAGCUUACGGAUCCGGAAUCGCCGCCUCGUGAUCGGAGCCGGGUUAUUGUGCCCCAAAUUCCAUCUGGCUUUCGGGAUCCGGCGGUCAAUCAUGACCACCGAGGAUUUGGACAGGGCGAUGAUAGCGCCCAAACCGAGACAGGGUGUGCGGAGCCUCUGAGUCCAGCAUGGCGGGAAUUCGCGCGAUUUGCGACCCCGGUCGUACGGACGCUGCUUGCUGUGUAUCAUGAAACUGUCUACCCAAUCUUCCCCUUCUUCGACCCUAUCCGCCUGGAGCGCCGACUCAACGCGCUGGAGCACAGCCGAAACCGGGGUUUCUUCUCCUCCAUCAUGGCCGCCUGCGCGCUAUCAUUAGCAAGAGUACGAGACGGCGCGCUGGCGUCGUCCCGGCCGCAGCCCGAAGAGCUGGGCGCCAUGUGCCCGGAGAUGUUCUUUGCGGCCGCGGAAGAAGGACUGCCGAGGAAUAUCUUGCAUUGCAGGGAUUUUGACCACCUCCGAGGUUAUGCGCUGUUGGCGUUGGCGAGUUUGCAGGAUGCCAAAUUAAGGGCGAUGCAGAUGUAUAUGGGGCACUAUUUUACUGUUUUGGCUGUUAAUCAGUGGCAUGAUGAGUCGAAUUGGCCGCAGGAUAUCGGGGCGUCGGAAAGGGAGGAACGGAGGAGAUUGUAUUGGUCCAUGUACACGCUGGAUGUGUACUCGUCCGUUGUCUGGGACGGGUGCAUACACUACCAAGAGAGUCACGCAACGGUCGAGUACCCUUCAGGGAGAAACGACACUAAUGCCGAAGAUCCAAAUGAUGGGGCUAAUUGGUUUGUGGGCUGGAACUUCACCACCGACCUCUACCGGAUCCUUGAACAUAAUCUCAGCAUGCUGAGGUCGCGGUCCUCCAGCUUCAAUCUCACGGGAGACCGUAAUAUGGGCGGCAGAUCUCUCUCUUUAACCAGUCAAGACCGCGUCAGCCAGCUCUACUCGGCAUUACCACCCGUCUUUAAGGAACUCCAGCCUGCUACAGGAGACCCGGCAAGAGACAUCUACGGGUUCCAAAGCGCCAACAUCCAGGCCACCAUGGCGCUCUUGCGGAUGGUCUAUCUGUCGCUGGAAGAGGGCGCGGAUAUCGAGACCAAGUGUUCGGUCGUCAGCGACGUCCUUGCGACGUUCCACCAGGUGCCUAAGCCGUACCUCAGGGCCAUCAGCACGCCCCUCAUCUACCACAUCGGCGGCAUCGGCACAAUUUUGGGAUCGGUGAUGGAGGGGCGGCUAUCUGAGAGCUCCUGCCGGCGGGUGAGAGAGCUGCUGUUGUCCAUGGCUGAUCUACUCGAGAGUCUCGAGGCGUUUCUGCACCGGAGUGCGGGGGCGGGACAAAGACUUCGGGGGCUAGUGGUGCGUUUGGAGGAGUACAUGCAGACCAAAGCUUCUCAGAACCAGGCCGGUGUCGCAGAAGCUGCUGGCCCUGGACCAGCUCUGCAGGAGAUUCCCUCCGACGAAUGGGGGCAGCCCGGACUGUCGGAUUUAUCACCCCAGUUUCAGUUGCCUGAUGAGUUUCUGGUGGACUGGACCUGGCCAUUUUCUAUGUCUAACAAUUAUCUAUCUUUUUGA